GUUGAGGUGCUUCUUGGGUCACGGCACGCUUACCACCACAUUUAUACCCACCGGCCGACCUGCUAUGUUUCGUGGCCUUAUUCACCACUUCUAUUUGCCCUUGAUCUUCAUCAAAGAUUUGUGGCCCGAAAUCGCUGUUGUAUGGUAAUGGUAGGGCCUGGUGUACUCGGCAGCAAUGGUGAUCAAUCAACCCCAGCCGCUUGUUUCGUCAAUCCUCCACGGACCCCUGCUCUCCGGCCGCUGUGUCCAGCCAUCGUGCCAUCCAAACAACCACAGCGCGGCGAUGUAGGAAGACCAGGGCUCUCUACGCACGCAAGGCACUCGUCGAAUAUCGAAUCUAAAAGAUCUGCUUUGUCCGCGAGGUGCUCAUUCUUAUCUGCCGUCAAGGGCCACAACCAAGCCUUCGGGCAGCCACACCUGUCAAGUCACCAACUCACCAACUCACCAAGUCAAUAUCGCAGGGCUUGUGAACUAAUGCUCAAGCAAUGAUUUGUGCUCAUCAGGGAAACAGGGAAAAAGUCGACCCAAGCGGAAGAACUUGGAUGAAACAAAGUCGUGGUGGUGAUACAAACAGUAUAUUGGCCAUCCUGAUAUUUCAUCUCGACGACUGUUGAUUCUGUCCAAAUAACCGGAGUGUCCGGGGGCACCUAGCGAAAAGCAACGAUGGGCUCGCUCUACCAGCUGUUCCCAUCCGUGGGGGAAUGCAUUCCAUUGGUGACAUCCGCCUCUUUGACAACACGUCAGAUCCCACGUCGGCACUUCGUUCCUGGAACCCCUCAGAGGACGUGAUUGCCUGCCUGCCUUGCUUGCUCUGUGGACUUGUGGCCCAGGGGACGUGAUUACCCACUGCAGAACAACCCCAGAUUCACAAUAUCAUUGUCACUUUGCCUUGGGCAUGGGCAGCGACGGGUACCUGUUGUCAUUGGGAAGACGAUCAUUUCCAGCGAGGAAAAUGUCCGGUAUUUCGUGAAAGUAUUUGAGGCAUGUACCUUGCCGGAGAAAAUUCUCCUCUUCCUCAAGAUAUCGCGGACUCCCAAUGCCCGGGGAUUGAAUUCGGCCCGGGCCGAUGGUGUCUGGGAUCCUCUUCGGGAGUCCCAUCCGGGCGUCAAGACCCGCUCUGUGGAGGGCAACCCUUCAUCAUCAAAACCAGCCAGAUCAAUUCGCACCCACCAUUACCUAGAAUAGUGAGUGGCCAUGUCAUUCGGUUAUGAGUUCUCAAUACCAAAUGACUUUCAGAAUAUAAAUCAAGCAUAAACUAAGAGAUCGGUAAGUUCGUGGAGCGCAAGUCCAUGGUUCCAAAGGGCUGGGCAACGUCGCGUGUCGCGUGCGCUCCCUGGUGGCUAUCCUUGGCUUGGCAUGGGCCUGGUCUCUCUCAACGACCAUCUAAAUUUCCAAUCAGAUCUGACCGUCCCCCUUCAUCACAUACAACCAAAGUGAAUAUUUCAGGUUUUGCAGCCGUCCGGUUUGCGUCAGCAGCCUCCACAAUGCCGAAGAGAAAGUCUACCCAUGCAGAGGAGCCAGCCGUGGCAGCUCCUGAGCCGCGCCGGCGUUCAAUGCGUCUGCAAAGGACGGAGGAUGAGACUGAGCCCAAAGCUGUGAAGAAUGAGAAGGCCUCAAAGGCAGAUAUCAAAACUGAAGAGGACGAGCCAUCCACCAAGAAAUCAAGGACCUCAAAACAGGAAACAGAGCCUGUGGUUAAUAAGUCCUCACCACCAGCCAGAAAAGCAACCAAAAAGGCCGUCAAAAGGGAGGAGGUUGAAGAAGCUUCACCCUCUCCUGCCCCGGAUGAGUCCGAACAAAAGAACUAUUGGCUUCUCAAAGCCGAGCCCGAGUCUCGGUAUGAGAACGGUGUUGAUGUCAAAUUUUCGAUUGACGACCUGGCGGCCAAGACAGAGCCAGAGCCGUGGGAUGGCAUCCGCAAUUACGCCGCCCGCAACAACCUUCGAGCCAUGAAGAAGGGUGACUUGGCCUUCUUUUACCACUCCAACUGCAAGGAGCCCGGGAUCGUGGGGACGAUGGAGAUUGUAAAGGAGCACUCACCUGAUCUGUCUGCUCACGACCCCAAAGCGCCAUACUACGACCCAAAGUCCAAGCCCUCCGACCCCAAAUGGAGCGUUGUUCACGUCAAAUUCCACGAAAAGUUCAACAAGCCGAUUACGCUGAAAGAACUCAGGGAACUGGGCGCGCCCGGGGGGCCUCUGGACAAGAUGCAAAUGAUCAAGCAGUCGAGGCUGAGCGUCAGCAAAGUCUCGGCUUCCGAGUGGAAGUUUCUUAUGGCGGUUGCCGAGAGAGGCUCCAGACCCUGACAUAGUCAUCGACCGAAAGUUGCUUGCGGGGUACGAGGCAGAACAGUUUGAGCGCGAAAAUCAUGACCCUUACCCCGGUAAAGACAU